AGUGUCUGUGGGCGGCCAAGAUGGCGGCGGAAGCGACCCCGGCAGGCUUCGAGCACAUGGGGCUGGACCCGAGGCUGCUGCGGGCCGUGGCAGAGCUGGGCUGGGCCACCCCCACUGCCAUCCAGGCCCAGGCCAUUCCCCUGGCACUGGAGGGCAGAGACCUGCUGGCACGGGCCAGGACCGGCUCCGGCAAGACAGCAGCCUACAGCCUGCCCCUGCUGCAGCACCUCCUGCGUGCCAAGGCUGGCCCGGCGGUGGCGCAGGCGGUGCGGGCACUGGUGCUGGUGCCCUCCAAGGAGCUGGGGCAGCAGGUGGUGGGCAGCCUGCGGCAGCUGGCAGCCUUCUGUGCCCGGGACGUGCGCGUGGCAGACCUCUGUGCCCAGAGCGACCUCGAUGCCCAGCGGCCCGUGCUGAUGGAGAAGCCAGACGUGGUGGUGGGCACCCCGGGCCGGGUCCUGGCACACCUUGGUGCCCGCAGCCUGAGCCUGAGGAGCUCCUUGGAGCUGCUGGUGCUGGACGAGGCUGAUCUGCUGCUGGCAUUCGGCUUCGGCGACGACAUCAGAGCCCUGCUCUGCCACCUGCCCAAGAUCUACCAGGCCCUGCUGAUGUCUGCCACCUUCAGCCCGGACGUGGAGGCCCUCAACGAGUUGGUGCUGCACAACCCAGUGCGGCUGUGCCCGCCCGAGCCUCGGCUGCCUGGCAGCUGCCAGCUGCGCCAGUUUGCCCUGCGCUGUGGCACAGAGGAGGACAAGUUCCUGCUGCUGUGUGCCCUGCUGAAGCUGGGCCUGCUGCGGGGCCGUGCCCUGCUCUUCGUGGGCACCCUUGCCCGCUGCUACCGCCUCAAGCUCUUCCUGGAGCAGUUUGGCAUCCCUGCCUGUGCCCUCAACUCCGAGCUGCCAGCCCGCUCCAGGUGCCAUGUCAUCACCCAGUUCAACCGGGGCCUCUACGACUACCUCGUGGCCACUGACGAGGAGGUGCCAGCGGUGCCAGCGGUGCCCAGCAAGCAGCCCCCCCGCAGGAAGCGCAAGGCUGCUGCCCCUGCUGCCCAGAGGCAGGGCAAGGACCCUGAGUACGGGGUGGCACGGGGCAUCGACUUCCAGAACGUGGCAGCAGUGCUCAACUUCGAUGUGCCAACCUCGGUGGAGUCCUACAUCCACCGUGUGGGCAGGACAGCCCGCGCCGACAACCCGGGCACGGCGCUCACCUUGGCGCUGCCCGACGAGUACGAGGCCCUGGCACGCAUCGAGGAUGCCCUGGCUGAAGAGAACGGCCAAUCCACGCUGCAGCCCUACAAGUUCUCCACGGAGGAGAUCGAGAGCCUGCGCUACCGCUGCAGGGAUGCCAUGCGCUCGGUCACCAAGCAGGCGGUGAAGGAGGCGAGGCUGAGGGAGAUCAAGGAGGAGCUGCUCAACUCCGAGAAGCUGAAGUCGCACUUCGAGGACAACCCCCGGGACCUGCACGUCCUGCGCCACGACCGCCCCCUGCACCCUGCCAUCGUCAAGCCCGAGCUGCGCCACGUCCCUGACUACCUGGUGCCCCCCAGCCUCCGUGGCAUCGCCAAAACCGACCUGAAGAAGCGCAGGAGGUUGCCCUGCUCUGGUGCCAGUCGGCGCCGCGGCGGCUCCAGGCCCCGUGGCACUGGCAACCCUCUGCAGAGCUUCAAGUAUGCCCAGCGCCGUGCCAGGCGCCCGCCUGUGCCACCCUCCUGAGCACCUCCCCUUGGCACCCCACGGCUCCUGCCCGCCCUGGCGAGGGCACCACAGCUGCUUCCCUCCCCCUCUACCGACCCCGUCCUGCCCAUAUCUCGGUGCCAUACCCAGCGUGGGUGGCUGUGCCCAAUAAAGGUGCCAAGGGAUUGUGCCA